AUGGAAGCUAAGAGCAAUGAAAGUAUUGACCUCCUAUCUAUCUUCCUGACUGGCAUCCCAGGACUGGAAGACCAACAUGGCUGGCUUUCCAUCCCCUUCUUCAUAAUGUACAUUGUGGCCAUUGUGGGCAACAGCCUAAUCAUGGCAGCAGUGCAGUCCAACCCUGCCCUCCAUGAGCCCAUGUACCUGUUCCUCUCCAUGUUGGCUGUCACUGAGGUGGGAGUCUCUCUGUCUACACUGCCUACUGUCUUGGGCAUUCUUUGGUUUGAUGCUCGCAGGAUUGAUUUUGAUGGCUGCCUGGCCCAGAUGUUCUUCAUUCACACCUUCUCCUGCAUGGAGUCAGGGGUCCUGUUUGCCAUGAGUUAUGAUCGGUUCGUAGCCAUCUACAACCCACUGCGCUAUACAGCUAUCCUGACCCUGCCCCGUAUCAUCUCCAUGGGUCUGAGCAUUACAGUAAAGAGUGUGGCACUCAUGGCCCCACUUCCAGUCCUUUUGAGGCAACUGCCAUAUUGUCACACUAAUGUCCUCUCCCAUUCCUACUGCCUCCACUCAGACUUGAUCCAGCUGCCCUGUGCUGAUACUAAACUCAACAGCAUCCUGGGUUUGGCUAUUGUCCUGGCCACUUUUGGGCUGGACUCACUGCUCAUCAUGGUCUCAUAUGUGCUGAUUCUUUGUACAGUGCUGAGCAUUUCUUCUGGGGAGGGGCGGUGGAAGGCUCUCAAUACAUGUGUGUCACACAUCUGUGCAGUGCUUGUGUACUACGUUCCUAUGAUUGGUGUGUCUGUGAUGCAUCGUGCUGCUAAACAUGCUUCACCCAUCAUCCACACACUCAUGUCUAGCAUCUAUCUCUUUGUGCCUCCUGUGCUCAACCCCAUCAUCUACAGUGUUAAGACUCAGCCAAUCCGAGAGGGAAUUGUCACCUUGUUUUCCAGCAAGAGGGAAUUGUUCUGA